AUGUGUCCGAAUCGGAGACUUAUCGGUCAUUUUCUAUCCCAGGAUCCCAAGCAAAUGGGCCGUCCCCGGAAGAGACGCCAUGUAGACACUGAUCCAGAAGACAAUGCCGCCGCUGCUGUAUCAUCUCAACCUCAACUCCAGGAACAGCCGUUACUCUUCCUACAGCCUGCUGACGACAUCUCUUACCCGCAGCUUCAGAGUACAGUGCCAACUGGAGACUUUCUUGACAAUCUGAACUUCUUAGACGAGCCUAUUGCUACAAAUGUUGAUAACUGGGACUUGUUGCCCGGCUAUAACGACUCUCUUUCCUUUGACCCUCAAAUCUUGGACCACGAUGACACCUUUACGGAUAACAACGCUUUGCCAUCGCUGAACCUAAGCGGUGUUGAUCUUCUGGGCACCAUCGAUUUCGGAGACACAAACGCUCCGCAGGAAACUAUCUCAAAGGAUCUGAGCCAUACACUCCAUCAGUAUCUCGCCGACCAGAUUAAUCCGCCAAAGCCAGAGUCUCACCACGCCUCAGACACUUCAACACCGCCUGACUCUAGCGACAAUGGCACUUCUGUUGACUCUCUUGAGAAUGCUGCCAGCUCAUCAGCUCGCUCAAUGCGUUCCGUUCCGACAGUGUCCUGCAGUUGUCUAUCAUCACUAUUCUUCGCCCUCGAUUCUCUCGGCAACUUGCCGAAUGAGGUGAUCCCGGCCAUGAAGGUCGCCCGGAAUGCCUCGAGGGUCGCUCACGAUGUCAUCAAGUGCCCUCUUUGCUCAAACUUCGUAACUGAAGAUCCUCCCAAGCCGCCUCCCAUACAAGCAUUCCAGAACCUUAUGCUUUUGGGCACCCUGGUACCAUCAGCAUGCAAUGCCUAUGCUCGAAUCCUCGAAAUGGUCGAUGAAGAAACUGUCCUCGCCAAGAAAGAGGGAAGGACAUUCUGGUUUACUUUCAGAGACAUCGGUGGACUAUGGGGCUGCGUUGGGGAUACGCCCAAGAGCUGCACAGCUUACGAAACCUACAACAACAAAACCAUGGCCCCAGAUAUGUGGAGGCUGACCAUCCGUGGUCUUCUCCGUCUCGACGUCUACGGACUUAAUGAGAAAGACCAGGACAUGCCUGGAGCAUCGCCGUACCGACAACUGGGCCUCAAGGAUGUUGUGGACCGACUAGAAGAGCGAAGCAGACAAAGGCAUGAUGCCUUGGAUGCACGCAUUGCUGCUGGGCAUAGUCACAGCGAAAUAUCUGGGGUUAUCUAUCCAUCAAAACCAUGCGGUCCAUCAGAACGCAAUUGUACAAGGGUUCUCGAGACGGCUCGUAUUGCCUUGGAGAACCUCGUCAUUGCAUGA